AUGAAUCAAGCUAGACUGUUUUUAAGGUUGGAUCAGGAAUCUAACGAGACUGCAGCUAUUGCUAACGAUACUAUAACAUUUAAAUCGGUACAGGAUGAAGAUUCGCAAGUGUUUCGUUUUGAUAAAUUAUUUCAAGAGAAUGAUUUCUCUGAAGAAAUUCAGCAAUUAUUGAUUGAACCAAUUACCAAAGAUGCUGUCGAUGGUAUCAGUUCAACAGUAGUACUUUGUGGGAAUAAAAAUAUGCUGUUGGCUAAUGAUACUAUAUUUCAAUAUUUGAUACCGAAAUUAGACUUGUUUUUAAAGAAACGUAUCAAUGACGAUUUAAUUGAUAUAACUUUUUUAGAUGGAGCUACUAAUUUACCCAUUGAAAAUUUAAAUGAUAUUGAUACCAAUCAAACUAACUCAAGUAAUAGUAAAAUUAUCACUAUCCACAUUCGUCAUAUUAAUUCUAAUGAUGAUAAAAUAGUAUCAAGUUAUAUGAAUAUUUUUUUCUUACAAAAUUUUGAAAUGUUAACAAAAUUUGAACAAUCGAAGGAUAAUUCUUCGUUAGGAAAAUUGGUACGCCAAAUAUUAUCAGAUAAAACAAAUGAUUUAUAUAUUUUCUUACAUUGUAUGAUUACUCCUGUUAAUCAAUCAGAGAUAUUAAACAUAUUUCAAAAAAUUGUCUCUUUUAAAGAAAAUUGGUCAAAUUCAAAUUUAUGUGAUAUUAAUAUAUUAAAUCAAUCUCAAAAAGAACAAAAUUUGAUUAAUAAUUAUACUAUUUUGGAUAAAACAUAUUUGAAACAAAUAAAUUUAUUAAACGACGAAAUUCAAAAUUAUAAAUUAAUUGAUAAUUUAAAGCAACAUUCUGAUGAAGAUAAUGAUAAAUUAACAAUGAAAUUAAAAAUAUUAGAUGAAUCGAAUGGAAAAUUACGUGAUCAAAUUAAAGAUUUAAGACAACUUUUAUCAAAUGAAAAUGAAAAUUCUGAUAUUUUGAAUGCGUAUAUGGAUAAAUCAAUAAUUCACAAUAAUCUUUUGAACAAUCUAUCAACAGUUGAACAAGAAAAUAAUUUUUUUAAUAAAAUUGAUACUAUCGAACAACAAUAUUCAAAUAUAUUAAAGGAAAAUAAUAAAUCUUUAAAACAAUUACUACAAUCUCAAGCAGAACAAGAAUUUACAUUACAACAAGAAAGUGUUGAUUUAAAGAUGAACUUACAAGAUAUUGUUCAAUCCAAUAAAACUCUUGAAACUAAAUUACAACCACAAUCUCUUUUCAAUACAACAACGUUGAUGUCUCCAUCAUCAAUAAUGUCAUCAACUCAUAGUUAUAAGACAAGCAUAUCAUCAUCAACUUCAUCUUUAGGAAGUAACAUUACAAGUGACACCGAAUCCACAACUACUCAUUCCAAAGCAUCGCAUUUACCAUUAUCAUUAAACUCAGGCUUCCAAUUAAAAGUGUUAAGACCAAAAUAG